AUGGCCCAGCAGUUUCAGCCGAGCGUUUCGUCGCAGACAGACAGCAAUGCUAGUAAUACAGACACUCCUGGUCACGAGCCACUGGAUGCCUUUAGGCCCCCACCAACCAUCGGCCCUCAUGCCCGUCAGGCCGUUCUCCCUCAGGACUCUACUACACAAGGGCCUUAUGACCAGGAUGUCUGUGUCUGCAUUGCCUGUCUUACACCCUUCUCGAACAACGCUACACUUCGGCAACAUGGCAAAAGGGAGUGCCAUCGUCCAUAUGGCUGUACCUGCGGCGAUGCCUUCUCACGUCUGGAUGGCUUAGAGCGACAUAUCGCAUCUAAGAACAAGGUUAACAGAUUCCCCUGUCCACUCUGUGCACGAGAUGAAGCUCCCAAAUUAUUUGCUCGCGCAGACCAUUUGUCCCAACACCUUAGGACAUUUCAUAGAAUUCCCGCCGGCAAGAUCCCUGAAGAAUUUAACGCCACUACCCAUCACGAUGAUCAAAGCUCAACAUGUCCUCAAUCCUUGCCUCAAUACCCCUGUCAAGUUCAAGGCUGCUUGAGAGCUGGUGAACUUGGAUUCCUCAGGCAAAUCGAUCUCGAUGAGCACAUGAUCUGUGUGCACCCUGCAACCCAACAUGAUAUGAUCACCCAGCAGGCUCUGAUCAACCCUGCUCCUUCUUGGAUGGGCAAUGAUCUUCAGCACGAUUUUCACUCAUCACAAUUCGGGCUAAAUGCACAAUGGAAUUACCUGUUGCAACCAGAUCCGGUUGUAAACUAUGAUGUAGAGGGGAACUUACUCAGGGGUGAGUCGAGGGGUGGAAGCAUUGACCUACAGUCACGUGGCGACUUCAAUAACUUCUCAAUGGACUUCAGCUUUGGUAUCUAA